AGAAAUUUGUAGAAUUUUGAACGAAGCAUUGAAAGGUUAAGACGAAUACGAAGACGCGUUUUACAUUUUACAUCCAAGUGCUUAAGCUCGUGUUUUAAUUAAUUUUCAACACAUUUAAUUGCUCAUAAAUAGCAAAAUAAUUGAGAAAAGUUGUUGAAGAAAACAUUUGAAAAAAGAAAAUCACUACAAAAUGUCGCUAUUCGGCUCAUUGAUGGGAGAUUUCGAUGAUGACCUUUUUAUGGGCAAUCAUAUGAAUGCAAUGAAUAUGCAAAUGCGUUCGAUGAAUCGUCUAAUGAAUUCACUCAUGCCCGAUCCAUUCAAUAUGCUGACACCGUUCGAUUCAGGCUUCCAACAGAAUGCGCUCAUGGAACGCGGCAAUCCACAUGUCGGUAAUCCAAUGGGUGGUUUUAUGGGUUUUCCCCCAAUGGCAAAUAUAAAUCGACUACUCAACUCAGAUAUCGGCCAACCACAUGGCUCCUCUUAUUGCUCUAGCUCAGUUAUCACUAUGUCCUCUGGCCCAGAUGGACGCCCACAAAUCUAUCAGGCCACAAGCAGUACAAAAACUGGGCCAGGCGGUAUACGUGAGACGCGUAAAACAGUGGAAGACUCAAGGCAAGGCAUGAAGAAAAUGGCUAUUGGACAUCACAUUGGCGAACGUUCGCAUAUUAUUGAGAAAGAACAAGACUUGCGUUCCGGUCAAUUGGAGGAACGUCAAGAGUUUAUAAAUUUGGAGGAAGACGAAGCAGAGGAUUUCGAUCGUGAAUUCACCAAUCGCGCGCGCAUGGGCGGUGUACGUGGUGCGCGUCCACAAGAGAUGAUCACAAUUGAAUCGGCUGACGAUGAUGAUGCACGUCCGCGUCAUUAUAGCAGGCAUCAUGGCAGUGGUGGACAACAUCGCAGACAUUUGCCAGCAUUGCCCGCACCACCACAACAGAAUAGCUCUUCUUCUCCGUUGUCCAAUUCGUCGUCGUCUGUUGAUUUGUCGAACGCCAAGUCUAACUCUAAUAAAAAUACCACUACAACGAAUCACAGCAUAACCACCGAAGGAAAUGCUACCACUGCAACGAGCAAGAGGAACACCAACAGCAAUAACAACAGCUACUUGACGUCGAAUGCAACGCGUCGUUCCCCAGCCGCCGCCGGUUAUCAACAUCGUGGCAUUACAGCUCGUCGUCCAUUGCGUACGCCACCAUCGUCGCCACUCGCCACCACGCCGACCAAUCACAGCCACAGCAGCGCAUCGGUAACGACAAGCGUACAUCCCCAUCCAUAUAAUGCUUCGGCCGCGCGCCGCAAUUAUCGCUCUAAACAUACCAAACAGCAUCAGCAGCCACAUCAGCCGCAGACCUUGACCAUAACCGAAAUAAUCGAUGACGACGAUGAUGAUGAGCCACAGCCAACAACAGCAACAGUAACAGUAGUUGAAGAAGAUGAUGAGGCAGCAGAAGCUACAACCGUUAUCAAUCCAGCAGCCCAAGCAGCUAAAACACCGGCUAAUAAAUGUCACACAUCGGCUCAUUAAAAUUAUUAAAAAAAAAACAUAAAACAAAAUAAUAAUAAUAAUAAUAAUAAUAAAUAAUAUAAUAUAAUAUAUAAAUAACUAAUUCGCACAUGAGAGAAUGAGUUGUAAUGCUAAUGCCGACAGACGUAUUGGAUUUUAAGUAAUAGCCCGACGACGACGACGACGACGACGAGCACAUUCAUCGAUUAUAAUGAAAUGUUCAAAAAUUGAGGUGGUUCACAGAAGCGUAACGUGCGCUGUUUAAUUAUUUAGUUAAAAAUAGUAGAGGAGCGCGUUGAAGAGGAGGGGAAAAAUAAGAUAUGGUGGCUUGGGGCACAUGGAAGUGUGCGCGCUGUAUGAAAAGCAGCGCCAUUCAAACAUAUUUCGUUUAGGAUUUUAAGCAAUGGAGGCAAAUAAGCAAACAAAACAACAAAAAAAGCCACCUUAGGAUAACAUUUAAAACUUUAUCAUUUAUAGUAUCAUUUUAUUGAAAAUUACCUGCACUUUGUUUGAAAUGUAUGCUGCGCGCAAGGAACAUUCUAUAGCAGUGAAGUUUGUGAUUAAUAAAAUCAAAAAUAGAAGAAAACAUAAACAAACAAACAUAAAUUAAUUGUAUGAGAUUGGCAGGCUGAUCAGGCUGUGCUAUGCUGUACCGUAGUAGCUGCCGCUCAAUUCAAGGCGUAUACCAAUUCAAUACAAAUUAUGCUUUCAACAAAUUUAAUCAAAUAUUUUACUUGAUUUCCCUACAUACAAAUAUAAGAAAUUCUAAACCUUACUUGUGUAUUAUGAAAUAUAUUUGUGAAUUACUUGCAACACAAAAACAAACAAAAAAUCACACAAAAGUUAUGGCUAAAAUAUGUAUGAGAGUAUUAGUAAAGGUUUGUAAAAAUAGCUGAGGCUACGGCAAAGAAAA